AUGGCAAGAGGUUCCAAUAGUGAGUCUGAAAGUAAUAGGUCUACAGCUGGUACGGCUACAAAGGAUCAUAACCCCUCUUCAACCUCUCAAAAUAAACAGAGAUUGACAUCUUCGCAACAACAGUAUUUAAACAACUUGACUGCAACACAUGUCACCAACAACCAUCCCACAGAGAAUCGUAACGUCUACCACCCUCUAGAUUUUCAACACGAUUCAGAUGAAUUUCUUCGCAAUUAUAAAGAUCAUUACAACCUCAGCCUACCUGAUAACAUGACCGUAAGCGGAUACUUAUUGGGGUCACAAUUGGGCUCCAAGACAUAUUCAUUCAAGAGAAACAAAGUAGGCAAGCCAGAUGCAAGAAUACUCAAGAGCCAGCUGGCGGAAGAAAUUAAAGACCAUUUUAAUAACAUGCAAUUGAAAGAAGUUGAUAUAAUACCGCAAUUUAUCUAUAAAAUUAAAAAUAAAGAUAAAAAAUUUAAAAUGGAAUUCAAUACAGGAAGUUGA